AUGGCAUAUAAUUCCAGUGAACAUCUUAAACCUGUCAAUCCUGAGUCCUGGAUGAAUAUUGGUCAGAUAAUUUCAUACUGGGGUUACCCACAUGAAGAAUAUGAAGUUGAAACUGAAGAUGGCUUUAUCUUGGGAACCUACAGGAUUCCUCACGGCAAAGUAAACUCUAAUAAUUCAGCUCCAAGGCCUGUUGUGUUUUUACAGCAUGGGUUACUUGCAUCUGCCUCUACCUGGAUUUCCAACCUCCCCAGUAACAGCCUGGCAUUCGUUCUGGCAGAUGCUGGCUACGAUGUGUGGUUGGGAAACAGCAGAGGAAACACCUUUUCGCGAAAGCACGUAAACUUGUCUCCAGAGUCCAAAGAAUUCUGGGCCUUCAGUUUUGAUGAAAUGGCCAAAUAUGACCUUCCAGCAUCAAUCAACUUCAUUAUAAAGAAAACUGGACAAGAUCAGAUACACUAUGUGGGGCAUUCUCAAGGCACGCUUACUGCAUUUAUAGCAUUUUCUUAUAUUCCUGGGUUGGCUCAAAAGAUCAAAACUUUUUUUGCACUAGCACCAGUCUUCUAUCUUGGACACAUAAAAGGUGUAACAAAACUGGCCCUAACACUUCCUCCUAUAGUAUACAAGGUUAUAUUUCCUCACCAUGAAGUCCUCCCACAGACCAUUUUAAACAGAAUUGUUGCGACUACCGUGUGCAAUAAUAAUAUAAUGGAUGUCAUCUGUUGCAAGAUCAACUUUGCUCUUUAUGGAUUUGAUCCAAAAAGUCUAAAUAAGAGUCGUUUUGAUGUGUAUUUGUCACAAAACCCAGCAGGAACCUCCCUUCAGGAUAUAUUCCAUAUUCUGCAGGCAGUUAAAGAAGUUAGGGAAGUACUUCGAGCUUAUGACUUUGGAAAUCCUGUUGAGAACAUGAAACAUUAUAAUCAGCCCAUUCCUCCCCAGUACAGCGUGAAGAACCUGAAAGUGAGGACCGCAGUGUGGCAUGGUCUAAAGGACAACCUGGCUGACCCUGUGGAUGUCAACUUUCUCCUCCCUCAAAUCCCUAACCUCAUUUACCUCAAGACACUGCCUUCAUACAAUCAUAUAGAUUUUGUCUUUGGAUAUAGAGCUGUUUGGGAUAUUUACUCUGAAAUUAUUUAUAUACUAAAGAAUUCCCCUUAA